CCAACAACGACCAGUGUUUGCUAAGCGGUACCACGAACACGAAAGGUCCGCGACUGCGAUUCCGUAUACGCAACCGUAAAUUUUGCUGCAUGAAACUUUUACUCAUUUAAAACGUCUAUCGUCGGUGUCCAAAGUAAAAGCGAGAACGAUAAAAAGAUAGAGUCCGGAAGUGUCGAAGGAGUUUGGUUUGGCCGUUUAUCCUUUGUUUCUUUCGCAACGUAAAGCGAAAAAAGAGGACAGAGAGAGAGAGAGAGAGAGAGAGAGAGAGAGAGAGAGAGCGUGAGAGAAGAAUACUAAAAGCGUCCGUAGAAGGAUAAAAAAUUUCAUCCAGCAACUUGUACCGGAAAUCGGAGAAAGAAAGGGGCUGGCAGAGAGGCGGAAGAUAAGAGAGAAGCGAAGAUGAGGAGCGAGUUAGUGCUGCUACUCGCGCUAGCGGUUGUACUCGCUUGUGCCGAGGUCAGGUCAAAUCGAGUGAAGCGCCAGGAAGAUAAAAAGGAAGACAGUUUCGAAAACGAGAUCUGCAAAGACAAGGAUGCAGGCGAAUGGUUCAGGUUGGUAGCGGGUGAAGGAGAUAAUUGUCGCGAUGUUAUCCAGUGCACCAGCUCGGGUCUUCAGGCUAUUCGUUGUCCAGCUGGUUUAUACUUUGACAUUGAUAAGCAGACAUGCGAUUGGAAAGAUUCUGUUAAUAACUGCAAACUGAAGAAUAAAGAGCGUAAGGUUAAGCCCCAACUAUUUACCGAGGAGCCUCUAUGCCCAGAUGGUUCCCUGGCUUGCGGCGAUGGUAUUUGUAUCGAAAGGGGACUUUUCUGUAACGGAGAAAAGGAUUGUGCUGAUGGUUCCGACGAGAACGUUUGUGAUAUGGACAAUGACCCCAAUCGUGCUCCUAGUUGUGACCCGGCCGUCUGUGUCCUGCCCGAUUGCUUUUGCUCGGAAGAUGGCACGAUGAUACCUAGUGAUUUGCCUCCCAAAGAUGUACCUCAAAUGAUCACCAUCACCUUCGAUGAUGCCAUUAACAAUAAUAACAUAGGACUGUACAAGGAGAUCUUUAAUGGCAAGAGGAAGAAUCCCAAUGGCUGUGAUAUGAAAGCAACAUUUUUCGUUUCACACAAAUACACAAAUUACUCAGCAGUGCAAGAGAUGCAUCGGAAGGGUCAUGAAAUUGCUGUUCACUCUAUUUCAAAGACACAUACUAACUCCAUCAGGCACAACGACGACGAAAGAUUCUGGUCUGAGGCAACGGUUGAUGAUUGGGCCAAAGAAAUGGCCGGCAUGAGGAUCAUUGCUGAAAAGUACGCUAACCUAACUGAUAACAGUGUCGUGGGUGUCCGUGCUCCAUAUUUACGCGUGGGUGGAAACAACCAAUUCACUAUGAUGGAAGAACAGGCUUUCCUUUAUGAUUCUACCAUAACAGCUGCCCUUAAUAACCCACCCCUAUGGCCGUAUACAAUGUACUUCAGAAUGCCGCAUCGUUGUCAUGGGAAUCUACAAAAAUGUCCUACUAGAUCUCACGCUGUUUGGGAAAUGGUAAUGAAUGAACUGGAUCGUCGGGAAGAUCCUGAAAAUGACGAAUAUCUACCAGGUUGCGCUAUGGUGGAUUCGUGCUCAAACAUUCUUACUGGUGACCAGUUCUACAACUUCCUUACACACAAUUUCAAUCGACACUAUGAGCAAAAUCGUGCUCCUUUGGGCUUGUACUUCCACGCUGCCUGGCUGAAGAAUAAUCCUGAAUUCCUAGAUGCGUUCCUUUAUUGGAUCGAUGAGAUUCAAAAAGAUCAUAAUGAUGUAUACUUCGUAACAAUGACUCAGGUGAUUCAGUGGAUCCAAAAUCCCCGUACCAUCAGCGAAGCCAAAACAUUUGAGCCUUGGAGGGAAAAGUGCGUUGUUGAAGGACCACCAGCAUGCUGGGUUCCACAUUCCUGCAAAUUAACUUCGAAAGAGGUUCCUGGGGAAACAAUUAAUCUCCAAACUUGUGUUCGUUGUCCAAAUAAUUAUCCAUGGUUAAAUGAUCCCACUGGCGAUGGAUUCUACUAAGAAUUGUGAAAAUCUACAAUUGUCACAAAAAAGGCAAAAAAUAUAUAUCUCCUUUUCGUUCCUUGUCUAAGUCAAGACUAUAUUGAUUAUGCUGAGAGAUAUGCCAAAUCUCACACACCAGCACAAUAAAGGCAGAGAAAGAAAGCAAGAAACGUUUUCGCAUAUUUAAUUUGAUUUUCUUUUAAAUAAAAUUCAUAUGAGACGAUAGACGUUACAAAAAUAUAUU